CACAAAUGCACGUCGCGAACUUUUUUUAAUCAAUCACACGGUCGACUGUUUUGAAUUUUCGACAAAUGAAUGGACGUUAGGAGGGUCGGGUUUCCAGCCCGCGGCCAAGAAGGUACAAUCAGGCAUUUAAACCAUCUACAUUAAGCAAUUGGGAAGUACCAAAAAAUUUCAAUCACAGGCCUUCACAACGUGAAGGUUGUACGAGUCCAAUCGCAAAUUCGAGGGGUCAUUUAUUACCAGGAAUUAAGAAAAGCAAAGAUAAUCAAUGGGCGUCCUAUCUAACUGCUUGGGACUUUCCUAAGAAAAUAUCUAAAAAAGUUGCUUAUGAAAUAAAUGGUUUAAGAAAAAAUGAUGAAAUAAAGCCGUUCCCAAGAAAGAAACACGAAAUUAUUCAAGAUAUUGUUAACAAUGCAGAAACUACUGUUAUUCCUGAUCCAAUUUUUAAGGAUGAGGAAAACAAGAAAGUCGAACUAGAACCAGUCCCUUAUGUACCAGGAGAUCUAACGAACGAAAAGGAUCAACCGCCCAGUCACAAAGAAUUGGACAAAGAACGUUUCCACAAAACCGAAACCAUUAAGGUGCAAGGCUUUCCAAAAACCACCACAGAAGAUUUCACUCGAGAAAAUCCUCCACCUGAGAUUGACCUAACUAAAGGAGCCGAAGAAAUGUACGAAAAACAUAGAGAAAUGAUGUGCAGAACAUGCCCAAUGGCCGAACACACUAAAAGUUACAAAAUUGGCUCACCAAUAUUGGCAGCGAUUUCAAAUUUCAGUCUGGCCAAGAAACUUCACAAGGAAAACUUGGAACACGAACCUCUGCCAGACACCAUAGCUCAUAAAAUGUAUCGCAAAUUGCAAAUGCAACGGAACGGCAUAGACCCAGGAUUAGCAAUUGACGCAGAAAACCAAGUGACAGGCAUAGGUUGGAAGGAACAUGGGGCGUACGGUCCAACUAGAUGCACGAAAAUGCGCGUGUUCAGACCGAAGACUUGCAUCCACAACAAAAUCAUCAAUGAACACGAAAAUAGACCUAGCAGUGUUAGUAGCUUCGAUAGGAAAUGGCGCUUCAUAAGGCAAAGUAAAGUAUCGCCGAUAGACUUGGCAAUUUGCUGGGACUUGAGUCCUGAAAACCCCGACGAUGAACCAGUUAGACCAAAACACAUCGACGGAUCAAACGGGUCUGAAGCGCCAGCAGUUUUCACCCUGGUACACACGCCAAAGGAAAACGAUCUAGGGGUAAUUAAAGAGCCGAAAUGUGAUGGAAUACACGGCUGUGGACCUUUGUUUGAGCACAGGAACGAAUGCGACGACAUUAAGAAUAAUUUCUUUGAGAGACCCAAAACAAGUUCGGAAAAAAGCAGUAAGUCGAGCUCUGCUUCGAGCAAGAAACGCGCAAAAAGUGCCACGAAUUUAAUUGAUGAAGAAAUUGCAUCAGAAUCAUCACAAAAAUCUUUUCAUAAAAGUGUGCCAGAUUUAAAGGCUAUAAAAGACAUACAAGCCGAAUGCAAGGAUUGUUCAAAGCCUGUUAAAAAGAAAAAGAACAAAUACUGCCAAGCCUGUCAAAAGAAACCAGUUCCGUGGAAAGAGAACAAGCCCAAAAACGAAUUCAAAAUGGCUUUUAAGGCUGGUUUGGCUCACAAAAAUCGGAAAAGAGUGGAUUACCCGGACCAUUGGCGCUUGGCGAGUGUUUAUCAACAGUCGUACAAGCCCAUCGAAUUAAGAAAGAGACCGUUAUUAGCAACCGUAUAUAAUUAAAUAUGAUAUUACUGUUUAAAAAUCUUCAGCUUUUAUUAAACAUUAAUUAUUUUUUAAAUAACACUAUAUUCACAACAUUUAUGAGCACUCUUGUAUACGACUUUAAAUAGUA